AUGUCGAUUUCAGCGGUGUUUGGGUCAAGAAUCGUGUUACCCAACAAUUCCACUGGUCUUGUAACGAAGGCAGCUCCAACCAGCGUUGGAAGAAGAAGGGAUUUGGUGAUAGAGUGCUCGUCUCGGCCACAGAAGAAGGGGACGGCGCACCACAUGAAGACUAGGCCCAAGAAAACUCAGCCUUGGGACAUCAAGCGUCGCCCCACAGUCUACCCACCUCUCCCUGCUCUCCCUCCUGAUUGGAGUCUCCUCACUGCUGAUGAACCUGCCGCCACUGUUCUCACUUCUCCCACUCCACAAUCAAUCGAGAAUCCUUGA